AUGUCUCGCUUCUUGGAGCUGAAGGAUUUUGGAGAUGCUGCUCGCUACCUUCGUCUCACCAACCUGGAACAACUGGCGGCCAAGGCCGAGGCCUUUGACGGCACGAAACGUGUUUGGAUGCCGGAUGAUGUCGAAGCGUACGUGGAGGUGGAGGUCAGAGAACUGAAUGGAGAUAAAACCACAGUGGAGACCAAAGAUGGACGCUUUGUCAUCCUCAAAGACGACGACCUCCAGCCGAUGAACCCGCCCAAGUUCGACAUGAUGGAGGACAUGGCCAUGCUGACGCACCUCAACGAGGCCUCGGUCCUCUUCAACCUGAGGAGGAGAUACAGCAUGUGGAUGAUCUACACAUACUCGGGCCUGUUCUGCGUGACGGUGAACCCUUACAAAUGGCUGCCGGUCUACUCGGCCGAGGUGGUGGCGGCGUACAAAGGAAGACGCCGUGCCGAAACGCCGCCGCACAUCUACGCCAUCGCCGACAACGCCUACAGCGACAUGCUGCAGAACCGUGAGAACCAGUCCAUGCUAAUCACCGGCGAGUCGGGCGCAGGAAAAACGGUCAACACGAAGAGAGUCAUCCAGUAUUUUGCCAUCACCGCCGCUCUUGGAGAAACCGUGAAAAAAGGCGGAUCCUUGGAGGAUCAGAUCAUUGAAGCAAAUCCCGCCAUGGAAGCUUUCGGAAACGCCAAAACCCUCCGCAACGACAACUCCUCUCGAUUUGGAAAGUUCAUCAGAAUCCACUUUGGACAUACGGGGAAGUUGGCGUCCGCUGACAUCGACAUUUACCUUCUAGAAAAGUCCAGAGUUGUAUUCCAGCAGCCCGGAGAGAGAAGUUACCACAUUUACUACCAGAUCCUUUCCAAUCACAAGCCAGAACUACAAGACAUGCUGCUGGUGACCAAGAACCCGUACGAUUACCACUUCUGCUCACAGGGCGUCACCACGGUGGCCGGCAUUAAAGACAACGAGGAGCUGGAACUCACCGACCAUGCCAUGGACACGUUGGGCUUCACGUCAGAGGAGAAGUAUGGCAUCUACAAGAUCGUCGGCGCCAUCAUGCACUUUGGCAACAUGAAGUUCAAGAAAAAACAACGAGAAGAACAAGCGGACGCUGACGGCACUGAAAGUGUGGACAAGGCAGCUUACUUGAUGGGCAUCAAUUCUGCUGACCUUCUGAAAGGCCUCCUGAACCCUCGAGUCAAAGUAGGAAAUGAGUCAAUUGUAAAAGGACAGACAGUGGAGCAGGUGUACUUUGCGGCGGCAGCUUUAGCCAAGGCCACCUAUGACCGUAUGUUCAAGUGGCUCGUCAGUCGCAUCAACAUGUCCUUGUACACGGCACUGCCUCGACAGUAUUUCAUUGGUGUCCUGGACAUUGCCGGCUUUGAGAUAUUUGAGUUAAACAGCUUUGAGCAGCUGUGCAUCAACUUCACCAACGAGAAGCUACAGCAGUAUUUCAACCACCACAUGUUCAUUUUGGAGCAGGAGGAGUACAAGACUGAAGGCAUUGAGUGGACGUUCAUAGACUUUGGUCUUGACCUGCAGGCCUGCAUCGACCUUAUUGAGAAGCCUAUGGGAAUCCUGUCCAUCAUGGAGGAGGAGUGUAUGUUCCCCAAGGCCACAGACCAAAGUUUUAAAACCAAACUGUACGACAACCAUCUGGGAAAGUCUCCCAACUUCCAGCGUCCACGAAUUGAUAAGAAGCGCAAAUACGAAACGCACUUUGAGGUGGUCCACUACGCUGGAGUGGUUCCGUACAACAUCAUAGGCUGGCUGGACAAGAACAGAGAUCCUCUGAAUGAGACUGUCGUGGCUUUGUUCCAGAAGUCCUCAAACAAACUGAUGGCUGCACUUUUUGAGAACUACAUCUGCGCUGAGACAGCCACUGAUCCAAAGCACGAGAAGAAGCAAAGGAAGAGAAAAGCAGCUUCCUUCCAGACGGUCUCUCAGCUUCACAAGGAGAAUCUAAACAAGCUGAUGGCGAACCUCCGCAGCACACAGCCGCACUUUGUCCGGUGCAUAAUUCCCAACGAGGGCAAGACUCCUGGUGUGAUGGAUCCCUUCCUGGUCCUGCACCAGCUUAGGUGUAAUGGAGUUCUGGAGGGUAUCAGGAUUUGCAGAAAGGGAUUUCCAAAUAGGAUCCUGUAUGCCGAGUUCAAACAGCGCUAUCGUAUCCUGAACCCUUCCGCCAUUCCCGAGGCUUCUUUUGUGGACAGCAAGAAGGCGGUGGAGAAACUUUUGAGCUCUCUAGACAUUGACCACAGCCAGUACAAGUUUGGACAAACUAAAGUGUUUUUUAAGGCAGGUCUGCUGGGGUAUUUGGAGGACAUGAGGGACUCCCGUUUGUCUGAGAUCCUGACCAUUGUCCAGGCCAUGAGCAGAGGAAAACUGAUGAGGGUGGAGAGAGACAAGAUGAUACUGCAAAGGGAUGCAGUAAUGGUGAUCCAGUUCAACCUACGAUCAUUCUACACCGUGCGCACGUGGCCGUGGAUGAUGUUGUUCUAUAAGCUCCGCCCCUUGCUGAGGAGCGCACAAGUGGAGAAGGAGCUGGCCAUUCUCAACGAAGACCUCUCCAAGUUAAAAGAAGCCUACGCAAGGUCUGAGGUCAAGCGGACUGAGGCAGAAGAGUGUCAGGUGUUUAUGGUCCAGGAGAAGAAUGACUUGGUUCUGCAACUCCAAGCCGAGCAAGACAACCUGGCCGACGCGGAGGAACGCUGCAGUCAGCUGAUCAAAUCCAAGAUCAGCUUGGAGUCCAAGCUAAAGGAGAUGAACGAGCGUUUGGAGGACGAGGAAGAAGUGAGCACCACGCUGACAGCCAAGAAACGGCAGCUGGAUGACGAGGUGGUGACGCUGCGGAAGGACGUGGAUGACCUGGAGAUGACCGUGGCAAAGGUGGAGAAGGAAAGACACAGUAUCGAGAACAAGGUGAAGAAUCUUUCUCAUGAGAUGUGCGUCCUGGAUGAGAACAUCGCAUCUCUGACCAGGGAGAAAGUUGCCCUGCAGGAAGCUCACGAGCAGGCUCUGAAUGACCGCCAAGCUCAAGAAGACAAGGUCAACAUGCUGACCAAAGCCAAGAGUCGACUGGAGCAGCAUGUAGACAGCAUGGAGGGUUCCUUGGAGCAGCAGAAGAAGGCACGCACCGAGCUGGAAAGAAACAAACGGAAAUUGGAGGGGGAUUUGAAGCUGUCUAUGGACUCUGUGAGGGGCCUGGAGGACCAGAAGAAGGAGCUGGAGGAGAGAAUGAACAAAAAAGACUUUGAAUUGGGUCAGCUUCAGUCCAAAAUGGAGGACGAGCAGACCUUGGUUACUCAGCUGCAGAAGACAAUCAAAGAGCUUCAGACUCGUAUUGAGGAGCUGGAGGAGGCGCUGGAGGCAGAAAGGGUAUGGCGCUUCAAGGCGGAGCGUCAGAGGAACGACAUUGCUCGGGAGCUAGAGGAGCUUGGUGAGAAGCUGGAAGAAGCGGGGGGUGCUUCUGCUGCUCAGAUUGCACUCAACAGGAAGCGGGAGGCAGACUUCCUAAAGUUGCGGCGGGAGCUGGAGGAAGUGGGGCUUCAACAUGAGACACUGGCUGCCACGCUGAGGAAGAAGCACACUGACAUGGUUGUGGAGCUAAGUGAGCAGAACGAUGGGCUGCAGAGAGCCAAACAGAAGCUGGAGAAGGAGAAGGCGGAGCUUAGACUGGAGGCUGACGACCUUGCCGCCAACCUCGAACAGAUUUCCAGGGCCAAGGGUGUUGUGGAGAAGACUUGCAGAGUCUACGAGGACCAGCUUAACGAGAGUCGCGUCAGGGCGGACAAUCUGCAGAGGCAACUCACUGAAAUGUCCGCUCAGAAGGCACGAACUGUCGCUGAGGCCGCCGAGUACAGCCGUCGUAUGGAGGAGCGGGAAGUGCUGAACAAUCAGCUCCAGCGUUCUAAAGCUGGACUCUGUCAGAAUAUGGAAGGCCUGAAGAAACAGCUGGAGGAGGAGAGCAAAACCAGGGUGUCGCUGGUGCAGACGGUGCAGGCGUCCCGCCAUGAAUGCGUUCUGCUGAGAGAUCAGCUUGAAGCGGAACAAGAGUCCAAGGCUGAAUUGCAGAGGACCCUGUCCAACACCAACAGUCAGCUGGCUCAGUGGAGGACCAAGUACGAGACGGAGGCUGUGCUGCGGAUCGAAGAACUGGAAGAUGCAAAGAGGAAGUUAGUUGUCAAACUUCAGGCUGCCCAGGAAGUUGCUGAAGCAUCUCAGGCCAAAAGUUCCUCACUAGAGAAAACCAAACAGCGUCUACAGAUGGAGAUUGAGGAUUUGGUGGUAGAGCUAGAACGCUCCAACGCCUCAGUUUUGGUUCUCGACAAGAAACAACGCAACCUCGAUAAGAUAUUGAGCGAGUGGAAGCUGAAGUUCGAGGAAAGUCAGUCGGACCUUGAGGUCUCCCAGAAGGAAUCCCGCAAUCUGAGCACAGAACUUUUCAAACUGAAGACCAUUUACGAAGAAGCUCUGGACCACCUGGAGACAAUCAAACGGGAAAACAAGAACCUUCAAGGUGAGAUUUUGGACCUGACAGAGCAGAUCAGUCGGGGUGGGAAGACCAUCUAUGAGCUGGAGAGGAUGAAGAAGGUCCUAGACGUGGAGAAAAGCGACAUCAAAGCUGCUUUGGAGGAAGCAGAGGGAACACUGGAGAGCGAGGAGAGCAAGACCCUCAGGGUUCAGAUGGAACUUCAGCAGACCAGGACGUUGAUUGACCGCAGGAUCGCAGAAAAAGAUGAAGAGAUUGACAACCUCAGGCGGAGCCACCAGCGCUCCCUGGAGACCAUGCAGACCAGCUUGGAGGCGGAGAUCCGCACCCGCAGCGAGGCUGUUCGCCUGAGGAAGAAGAUGGAGUCUGAGCUGAACGAGAUGGAAGUUCAUCUCAAUCACGCCAACAGGCAGGCGGCCGAGAGCCAGAAGAUGAUCGCACAGCUGCAGGCUGAGGUCAGAGUUCAGAAGGCGGAACUGGACGAGAGGGUCCAGCUGGCCAAUCAGCUGAGAGAACAGGUGGUCCUGCUGGAGCGACGUUGCACACUGAUGACUGCCGAGGAGGAGGAGCUACGGUGCGUCCUGGAGCAGACGGAUUGCGCCCGCAAGAUAGCCGAACACGAGCUAGUGGAGGUGGUGGACAGAGCCAACCUGCUCAGCACUCAGAAUGCGGGGCUGGUGAGCCACAAGAAGAAGCUGGAGGCGGACGUGUCGCAGCUGGCGGGCGAGGUGGACGACGUGCUGCAGGAGCGUCGCAGCGCUGAGGACAAAGCCAAGAAGGCCAUCACCGAUGCGGCCAUGAUAGCGGAGGAGCUGAAGAAGGAGCAGGACAGCUUCAACAUGUUGGAGAGAAUCAAGAAGAACAUGGAGGGCGACGUCAAAGAACUGCAGGUCAAAUUGGAAGAGACGGAGCAAAUGGCGUUGAAAGGCGGGAAGAAGCAACUUUCCAAGAUGGAGACGAGAGUGCGUGAUCUUCAAACGGAGCUGAUUGUGGAGCAGAAGAAGAGCGAGGAUUAUCAGAAAGGAGUGCGCCGCUAUGAGAGAAAGGUCAAAGAGCUCAGCUAUCAGUCGGAGGAGGACCGCAAGACGCUGCUGAGGAUGCAGGAACUUAUUGAAAAGCUUCAAAGCAAAGUCAAAAGUUACAAGAGACAAACGGAGAACGCCGAGGAACAGAUGAGCUCCGGCACCGUGCGCUUCCGGAAGAUCCAGCACGAGCUGGACGACGCCGAGGAGAGGGCCGACAUCGCCGAGACUACCGUCAACAAGCUGCGGAUUCGAACCCGCGAGCAAGUGAGCAAGUACACCGUGAUUUCUGAAUGAGACUGUGCUGCGUUGGUAGUCAUGUGACUCACGUCCGUUUGCUGUGUUUGUUAGCUUAGAAUGUAAUGAUUUCAUUUCAGUAUGAAGCGCAACAACAACAACGACUUCAGCUUCAUUUUGUGCUAGCAGCUUUCAUCUUCAGGAGGGGUGUCUCCAAACAACUUUUUACCAAUAUUGCAGCCGAACACGGAUCCAAUAUCAGCAUGAAUCAUACAUACAUUUUCUUCUUUUUUUAUUACAAACCCUGUUUCCAUAUGAG